AUGAUGUUCGCAUUGCAUUCGGUGGUUCUAUACCUUCUAAGUACUGUUCUUAUCGUAGUCAGUGGACAAAGUUCAUGUCAAGAUUAUUCAGCAGAUUCUGGAGAUUGUACAAAAUUUAUACGAUGUUUUCAUAAUUUACGCAUCAAAUUUACUUGCCCAUCUGGUACAGCAUGGGAAAAUUCGUUGAAAACAUGCGUUUGGAAAGAAUAUGUCGAAUCGUGUGGUGCACAACGACAAGCUAAACAAAUCGAUUUUGACGAUGGAAUUGAAAUGUAUGAAGCUGAUCCAAACGCAUUGAACAACAUGACUAUCGGCCGAACAUUGUCUGAAGCUCGUGCUCUUGGACCACUUGUAACACCUAAACAGUAUCAAUGUUCAUUCUGCUCUACUGGAGCUUGUGGUAUUGUUGUGAAUACAGUUCAAUGCUUCUGUGGCUCCAUUCAGUGUGCACCGGCAACAACACCUAUUCAACCGAGAAAUCCAUGUGCAGUAAAUCCUUGCUUGAACGGCGGACAGUGUGUUUCCAAUGGUGCAGGAUUCAUUUGCAAUUGUCCGGCAACAUUUACUGGUAAUCGUUGCGAAGCACCAGCUGCGACACCGUGUCAGCCAAAUCCAUGUCAAAACGGAGGCACAUGCAUACCAUCAGGCAUGUCGUUUCUGUGUCAAUGUCCAACAUCAUUUAUUGGUCGAUGUUGUGAAACACGUAUAACCACAACCACUCCGUAUGAUCCGUGUUUGCAAUCACCGUGUCAAAACGGCGGACGCUGCAUUCCUACAGGCGCCACAUAUCUCUGUCAAUGUCCGAAUGGAUACUACGGUACUCGAUGUGAAUAUCGAAAUUACUGUAUACCAAAUCCAUGCUCUAACAAUGGCGCUUGCAUACAAACAACAACCGGUUAUGUUUGCCAAUGCUCGUACCCAUUUACUGGUACUAACUGUCAACAAAUGAUAACGACAACGACAACAACCACAACUACAAGUACAACAACUACCACUACCACUACCACAAAUACAAUUACAACACGUCCUCCAUCAUGUCCAAGUUGUGUAUGUAUUGUUACGCCAUGUCCAGUGGUUAUAGUUACAAAUCCAUGCUUGCCAAAUCCAUGUCAAAAUAUGGGUGGCUGUUCGGUUCAAAAUAACGCUGCCCAAUGUUGGUGCUCUAACUACUAUGCUGGUUAUUAUUGUCAAUUUCGUCGUAGCGCUCGUUCAUUGAUAUCCAAACCAUGCAACAAAACAUGUUUAAAUGGCGGUCGAUGUUAUAUCGAUGAAUUAAAUGGACAAGCUCGAUGUUCAUGUCCAAAUGAAUACUAUGGAGCAAGAUGUGAAAAAGUCAACCGACCAAAAUCAUGUUCACCUAAAAAUCCAUGUAUGAACAAAGCCAAAUGUGUUACAACAAAAUCCGGUUCACAAUGCGUUUGUCAAAAAGGCUCUUCCGGAGUCUUAUGUGAAAAGAUCCAACGAUCAAGUAAUGCAAAAUAUUGUCCACUCGAUUGCCAAGCCGGUGGUACAUGCGUUUAUGUGAAAUCCACACCUAAAUGUCGUUGUCCAAAAGGCCGAACUGGUCGUUUAUGUGAAUCUCGCUCUGGAAAAUCAUUAUCCAUCGAUGAAGAUGAAAUGGACAUGUACGAAUAA